CCUGAAGAUAUUGAAAUCUCUGGAAUUUGAUUUGGAGAAAUGAGUAACACUGGAUUUUCAUGGAAACUGGCGGAUCACCCGAAGCUCCCCAAGGGGAAGACCAUUGCCUUGAUCGUUUUGGAUGGCUGGGGCGAAGCCAAUCCCGAUAAGUACAACUGCAUCCAUGUCGCCGACACCCCCACUAUGGAUUCCUUUAAACAGGGUGCACCGGAGAGAUGGAGGUUAAUUAAGGUGCAUGGUACAGCUGUGGGGCUUCCAACCGAUGACGACAUGGGAAACAGUGAAGUCGGUCAUAAUGCACUUGGCGCUGGACGGAUUUAUGCCCAAGGGGCAAAGCUUGUUGACCUUGCUCUUGCCUCGGGAAAAAUCUAUGAAGGAGAAGGUUUUAAAUUCAUAAAGGAAUGUUUUGACAAUGGCACAUUGCACCUCAUUGGGUUAUUGAGUGAUGGGGGUGUUCACUCUCGGCUUGAUCAAUUGCAGUCGCUGCUAAAAGGAGCUAGCGAGCGUGGUGCAAAGAGAAUCCGUGUUCAUAUUCUUACUGAUGGCCGUGAUGUUUUGGACGGUUCAAGCAUUGGGUUUCUGGAGACUCUUGAGAAUGACCUCUCAAAAUUACGGGAGAAAGGCAUCGAUGCACAGAUCGCUUCUGGUGGUGGUCGCAUGUAUGUUACAAUGGAUCGUUAUGAGAAUGACUGGGGUGUUGUGAAACGAGGAUGGGAUGCCCAAGUUCUUGGUGAAGCACCAUUCAAGUUUAGGAGUGCGGUGGAAGCUGUGAAGAAGCUAAGGGAGGAUCACAAGGCUAAUGAUCAGUACUUGCCUCCUUUUGUUAUAGUUGAUGAGAGUGGGAAGGCUGUCGGCCCCAUAUUGGAUGGUGAUGCUGUUGUCACUUUCAACUUCCGUGCAGAUCGAAUGGUUAUGCUUGCUAAGGCACUUGAGUAUGAAGACUUUGAUAAAUUUGACCGUGUUCGAUUCCCAAAGAUCCACUAUGCUGGAAUGCUCCAAUAUGAUGGGGAGUUGAAGCUCCCAAGGCUCUACCUUGUUUCACCUCCAGAAAUAGAGAGAACAUCUGGUGAAUAUUUAGUGCACAAUGGUGUCCGCACUUUUGCUUGCAGUGAAACUGUCAAGUUUGGUCAUGUAACUUUUUUUUGGAAUGGGAACCGGUCAGGGUACUUUAACCCAGAAAUGGAGGAGUAUGUGGAAAUUCCAAGUGAUGUGGGAAUUACUUUCAAUGAACAACCGAAGAUGAAGGCUUUGCAGAUUGCUGAGAAGGCAAGAGAUGCGAUCCUUAGUGGCAACUUUCACCAGGUACGAGUCAACCUGCCUAAUAGUGAUAUGGUGGGGCACACAGGAGACAUCGAAGCAACCAUUGUUGCUUGCAAGGCUGCUGACGAAGCUGUCAAGAUGAUGAUUGAUGCCAUUGAACAAAUGGGUGGAAUUUAUGUUGUUACUGCUGAUCAUGGGAAUGCUGAGGACAUGGUUAAGAGGAACAAGAAAGGGGAGCCUCUUUUUGACAAAGAUGGCAACAUUCAAAUACUUACUUCUCAUACUCUUCAACCUGUACCGAUUGCAAUUGGAGGCCCUGGUCUACAACCAGGUGUUAGAUUCCGAAACGUUCCAAAUGGAGGGCUUGCCAAUGUUGCUGCAACUGUUAUGAAUCUUCAUGGAUUUGAGGCUCCAAGCGACUAUGAGCCGACUCUGAUUGAGGUUGUUGAUAACUAAGCAACUGUAUAACCUCUUCAUGUUAUUGUUCAAUGUUAGAUUCAGUGAAUCAUGGUGGCAAAGCAUGUGGAGCAGAGUAUUUACUGUAUUUUCCAUUAAGGUUAAAUAAUUCCCCCCUUUAAGAAUCAGUUUCAGUUAAAAAGAUUUUGGCUUGAAUAGAAAGUUUGAAUGGUUUGUGAUACGAUUACCUUUUUAAGGAUUGGUUUCAGUUCCAUUUUUCUC